AUGUCAGGACAGGACUGGCAUAACAGAAUGGAGCGCCUGACACUCUCAAAUUCACAACCACCAGAGCUCACAGGCAUACGUAGUGAGGGGAUUGAAGAGGGCGCUGUUGUCAAUGUACCAUAUGGAGCGCUCUCAGAGGGGCCUGAAUUUGCACCAUUUCCAAGAUUACCCCUGGAGAUUCAGUUGAAGAUCUUUGCGCUCACAUGGCCUGCUGGACAAAGAAUCGUCGUAAGCUGCACAGAGGUCCAUACCAGUAGCGAGGCCACUGCUCUAGCCACCCUCUAUGUCUGCAGCAACAGCAGGAAAGAAACACUGCGCAGCUUCAGGUGCAUUGGAUUUCAGUCUUCUCUGACACGCAGACCCCAGUGGUUUCAAUCAAAGGCGGACACUUUAUAUUUGCACGCGCGUGUUGCGCUUUCGCCGGUUUUUCUGGUAAGCAAUUCUUUCUUUCACAGUUGUUUGUUUAUUGAGAUAGCAUCCUGACUUUUCUUUACACCCACCCCUCUUGACAAAAGUAUACUAAUUUGUUGAUCUAGUUCUGGAGACAUAACCAUCUACGGCAACCAUUGGAGGCGGCUAAGAACCCCUUCAGACACGUUAAAAAGUUGCAUAUCUACCGCCCUCUGUGGUCUUACAACAGACCUUCUCCUCAAAUCGCCAAUUCCCAGUACGAUCCCAACGAAAAGCUGGUGCUGGAUCAUUGCACAGAGCUGGAACAUAUCUUUUUGAUGGUAGCAGAUGGAGUGUCUACAAUAUUUGAGCUUGCAGAAGACGGACCAGGCGAACGGCCCAUUUCAGGGAAGGAUUUGAAUGGUAUGCGGGAAAUUGCUGGAAUGCUUGAGAGCUAUCUCAUUCGUCGAAAGGAGAUUGACGAUACUCUACCUGUUCCAAGAAUAUCCAUUGGGGGUAUGGAUCUCGCAUGA